CAGUGAGCUGUCAAAGUGUGAAGCAAGCAACAGCCUUUAAGUCAGGUCAGCUGCCUGCUGAGCUGCUUUGUUUUAGCUGCUUUGUUACUACGUAUGGAAAGUGGUCUUUUCAGCUCGCCGUGUGACAGUUCUGUUUGCAGCUGAGGUGAGAGCCGCCGGUCAUCAUGGGGAACAUCUUCGGGAACCUGUUGAAGAGCCUGAUAGGCAAAAAGGAGAUGAGGAUUCUCAUGGUGGGGCUGGACGCUGCUGGGAAAACCACUAUCCUCUACAAGCUUAAACUGGGGGAGAUUGUCACCACAAUCCCCACAAUCGGUUUCAACGUAGAAACAGUGGAGUACAAGAACAUCAGCUUCACCGUGUGGGACGUGGGUGGCCAGGACAAGAUCCGGCCCCUGUGGAGGCACUACUUUCAGAACACCCAGGGGUUGAUCUUUGUGGUGGACAGCAAUGACCGUGAGCGGGUGAACGAAGCCCGGGAGGAACUGAUGAGGAUGCUGGCUGAGGACGAGCUGCGGGACGCCGUUCUUCUCGUCUUUGCCAACAAACAGGACCUGCCCAACGCCAUGAAUGCUGCGGAGAUCACAGACAAGCUGGGCCUGCACUCCCUACGCCACCGUAACUGGUACAUUCAGGCCACCUGCGCCACCAGCGGUGACGGUCUCUAUGAGGGCCUGGACUGGCUGGCCAAUCAGCUGAAGAACAAAAAGUGAAGGUUUCCAUCAGUAGAGUGGGGAAGAGCCUGGGUGCCCGCUCCAGGUAGUGGUUAUAGUGGAUCCAUUGUGUUUACAUGGAGAGGCAGUGCUGAAAAGCUCCCAGGGGGUGACUCUCCAUGGCUUUCUCCCCCCCAAAUACUUCUAUUUUAUUUCUUUACUUUGAUUCAUUUAAUUUGUUUGGAUCUGUGGUGAGCGUUUUUAAUCAUUUAGAAACCAAAUGGUGUCGAACUUGACCUAAAUGACUUACAUUCUAUAAGCUGAAUACAUAAAUAUCGGGAUGUAAUAGUAUAAUGUUACUGUGAAGGCAUAUGUAUUUCCCCUACUUUGCAGUUUAUGACCUUUGACCUCUAUCACCUUUUAAUUUGUUGAGAAAAUGUGAUGAAUCUAGACUCAUGGUGGCAGAGCAACCCUCCCUCAGAUAGUCGAUGUAAAUUAUAAGGAAUGUCAUAAUAGUAUAGUGGGAGUACUAUUAUUAUCUCAGAAUACGGUAACGUUGUCUGAAAACAUUAUACUCAUGCAGGCUCAGAUAAAUGUAAAGUUGUCAUUUCCUGUCCAUGUAGAUGUUUUACAACCACCACAUUAUGCACUUCAGAGCUUAAUUUAUAUUUUAUUAAAACUUAGGUUCGUUCAGAUUAUAUUUACAUGCUUUUUUUUUUAUUUAAAUGUAUUUUUUCAAGCACAAUCUGCUGACAUACUGGAUAGUAUUGAACAAUUUAUAUUUUUGGCAACAUUUAUUUAUUUAUUCAUCAGUUUAUUUAUUGAUUUUAUUUUCUAAGUGCGUCAUAUUUUUUCUCUCCCUUUAUUGCAAUGUGCAUUUACUGCUAAGGCAGCUGGUUAAAAAAAAAGAAGCCUCCAUACCACUGUAUAUUACCGCUUCCCAAUCUGCAUGGAGAUUUCCCAGUACCGGCUCGUGGGCUUGUAAGAGCUGUGAACUACUGCAGGCCACUGCUGUAAAUAAAGAUUUGUUCUUAGAGUUACCUGGCUCAGUAAGGGUUAAAACAAUUUUUCCGGCGUCAGCGAGGUGUGAUAGCUGAACUGAUACAGAUGACAGAAGCCAGCUCUGUGGCUUAGGGAAAAAAAUGCUGCUAUUGGCCUGUGAGUGAUCGGCAGAGUGACGCAGAGGAGCAUGUGAUUGGCGAUAUUAGAGAGCUUACAGGGUUUUGAAUGUUUAUUUUUUUUUUAGUCAGUUUGUGCAAGCAGCGACACUGUAUUUGUCAAAAGAACUCACAUUGCUUGUCAUCCUGAUUUAUUCAUCCCUAAUUGGCGUGGCAUUAUAUGUGUUUCUUGUGUUGACCGUAUCUCUGUGUACUAUGUUGCACAAAAUAACUCUAAAUGCAUUAUUGUUGUACAAAAUGUAAUGUCUGUUUUGAUUUUUUUUUUCUUGUAUUUUUGAAUGGAUUAUUAUUUAUUUUGGAUCAAAAGGCAAGUGUUGAUUUUAGUGUUGUUUUUUCUCAAUUUGAUAAGUAGAUCAGACAGUUGUCUUUCUGAGUGUUCACAAAUCACAUAAUUUGAAAAUAAUAGGAGAGAGGCUGAUAGUAAUACUGCAUCAUAAGGCAUGUUGAUACUGUACAAGAUCUGUAAUAAAAGUGAAUUAUGAUA